GCCAGUAUCGCUACCUGUGUGUCACUCCGAGAUGCAGCAAGCUAUGGUGCUGGAUUGCGCAAGUUCCACAGAUUUUGCGACAUCUUCUCAGUUCCCGAGUCCAACUGCCUUCCAGUAUCUUUUGAGCUACUCCACUCCUUCACCUUAUGGGUGGUUGCUGACCCAAAUUCUGUCGCGCAAAAAUACUUAUCGGCAGUACGCAUGUGGCACAUC